AUCUGGUUUUAGGUUGUCCUGAAUCGAUCAAAAUCGAAGAAUCUCUCUCUGCGUUUCUUCAAGAGAUAGAGAGAGAGAGAGAGCUCCAUCCAUCCAUCAAGUUUCUGUCGCCUUUGUAUUUCUAGGGUUCUUCAGGAAGAUGGGGAAAAAUCAAGCGUACAAAGCUAUGCAGAGAUCGAAGGUGUCUGACGGUUCAUCCGGUCUUGACCAGAUCGAAGACGGCAUGGUGGAUGGUUCAUUUCAUUCACCAGAGUGGCAUGCUGCUCGAUUAGCCAGUCUUGGUACUUCUCAUACAGUCACUUGGGAAGAAUUCAAAAGGAAGCAAAAGGAAGAUGAAAUGAAAAAUGGGGAAGUUGAAGCUGAUAAAGAUAGGAUGAUGAAAGAGUAUAGGGCACAGUUAGAUGCUGAAAGGGCAGUUAAACUUGCUAAAGGAAGAAAUCAUUCAAACUCAAACACCAAAUCUGAUAAAAAGAAGGAUAAAGAUAAGGAAUCCAGAAAACGCAGCAAAAAACACAAGCGGUCAAGGAGGCAUUCUUCGGAUUCGAGUUCGUCCUCGUCAGAAUACUCGAGUAGUGAGAGCGAUGAAAGGGAAUCGAAAAGAUCGAAAUCGAGAUCUAAGCAUAAAGAGAAAAGGCAUAGGUCAAGGUCUAAAACCUCGUCUAGGACUAGAGGGGAGAAAGAUGAAGAAGGGCCUUUACCCCUCUCCAGAUUCUUUGGUAACAUGAAAAAUUAAUGUUUUUGCAGAGGCUUGUCAAAUGCACACUUUUCUUCUUUUUAACAAUUUCUGUAUUGAAGAAAUCGCGACUUCUUUCUGUAAUGAAUUCUAUCUAUUUCAGCAAUUCAAACGAAUUUAAUUGGGUAUUUGGUA